AUGCCUCUCCCUAACGAGCCCGUCAAAGUCACCGGUGGCUGCUCUUGCGGCGCCGUCCGCUAUCGUAUCAACGUCCCUGCACUGGAGGACCGUCCUUUGAACCCUUUCGCCCCUCCAGCCCUGGGGAUCAAGCUCCCAGGCUCCAUGACAUGCCACUGCAAUGACUGCCGCAGAUCGACUGGCUCGUUCCUUGCAGUUGGCGUACUUGAUGUCCCAGCGCCUAUGCUCACCGUCUCCUCUAUGUCACCCUCAUCUGAAGCAGAUAUUGUAUCUGGUCGAAUUCUGGAUGUUCUUGCAGACGACUAUGACUCCGCAAAAGCAGACGCGGAUCGUCCUCCAUACAUCCCAGCCAUGGAAGUCCUCCGUGCAACAGGAGAGAACAAAACCUGGCUGCGCUUCUUUCACUCCGUCAAAUGCAGUUCCGACGUAUCCCGCAGUUUCUGUGGUCGUUGCGGAACGCAGUUGUGUUACCACUUCAAACUGGAGCCGGUAUACUGCGCUGAUGGAAAGUUGCCUGAAGGAUGGCGGGACUCUUUUCACUUGUACCUUGGAACUCUGGAUCGCGAGUUUCUUGAGAAGGAUUGGUUCAACCCUGGUAGUGAAGGAAUGUUCAAGUAUGGAACACCUCUCGGUCGAUGUGUUUCUGCGACGGCGAAGGGAUUGAGGGACCUGCCAAAGAUGCAAGAGUUUGAUGGCCAGGUUACCGAGGAAGAGUUGGCGACCCUGAGAACUUAG